AUGAAGAGAGGGAAGUCACCCGGCCACGACGGCCUGAGCGUAGAGCAUCUGCUGCAUGCCGGGCUUCACUUGCCUAGAGUUUUAGCCAUGUUUCUGUCACUCUGUGUUGUCCAUUCUUAUUUACCGCCUGAUUUGAUGAAGACACUAGUAGUGCCAAUAACAAAGAAAAAGACUGGUGAUAUAUCGGAUAAGAACAAUUAUAGGCCAAUUUCUUUAGCCACCGUUAUAGCAAAAGUAUUUGACAGUUUGCUUGACGCUCAUUUGAGUAAGUGCUUUCAGCCGCACGAUGCACAGUUUGGAUUCCGCGCCGGUCUAUCUACUGAAAGUGCUAUUCUGAGUGUCAAGCAUACUGUCAGAUAUUACACUGAGCGGAGUACUCCGGUAUACGCCGUUUUUCUCGAUCUCUCGAAGGCGUUCGAUUUAGUGUCGUACGACCUGCUGUGGGAAAAACUCGAGAAAGUUAGUUUUCGACCUGAGUUGUUGGCAGUUUUCAGGAUGCUGCUGGGGCUGCCGCGCUACUGCAGUGCCUCAGGCAUGUUCGCGGAUGAGCGUGUGGACGGUUUCCCGGCGAUCCUGCGCAAGCGAUGUGCGUCCUUGUUGAGGCGCGUGCGCGCCAGUGGCAGCAGCAUCCUGCAGGUGGUCGCCCACAGUACAGACUGUCCGCUUAUGUGGCAUCUCGUGCGCGUGGCAAUAGGCGCAUUAUGA